UUCGGGUAAUGGGUAAUGGGCCGAACUAAAAAAAAUACAGACUAAAUUCUAGAAGCGUCUCGCGUUUUCCAAAACAACCCCUCAAUUAGAACUUCCUAGGGUUUAUUCCCCCCAACCAAAAACUAUCUCAGGAACAAAACUAACCAGUCUCUGGCGAUUCAUUUCUCAAUUUCUCCAUAAAAUUAUUCUAAGGUAUUGUCGCCGUCCUCCGUUUCUUUCUGUUAUUGAACGCAAAAAGCGUUGAACUUUUCGUGUUUUUUAAAGUUUGAAUUCCUGUCCAAUAGGAAUGGCGUCAAUUCAGCUAACCGCGUCAAGUAUUUCCGCCAAGGGGUUUGUUUCGUUGGAUGGGCUUCGGAACACCGGAAAGUUCGCAUCUUUUGCGCCGUCCAGGUCGAGCUCAAGCAACUCAUUCCGGUCUCUCGUGGUCAGGGCCGCCACCGCCGUUGCUCCUAAGUAUACUACACUCAAGCCUCUGGCUGAUAGAGUGCUGGUGAAGAUAAAGACAGCAGAGGAGAAGACAGUUGGGGGCAUACUUCUUCCAACUUCAGCACAAUCAAAACCUCAAGGUGGUGAGGUUGUUGCUGUUGGAGAGGGCCGGACAAUUGGAAAGACCAAAGUUGACAUAAGCUUGAAGACUGGAACUAAGGUUGUGUACUCGAAAUACGCUGGAACAGAGGUGGAGUUUGAUGGAGCAAGUCAUCUCAUUUUGAAGGAGGAUGACAUUGUUGGUAUUCUUGAUACAGAGGAUGUCAGUGACAUGAAACCUCUCAAUGACAGGGUUCUUAUAAAGGUUGCUGAGGCGGAGCAAAAAACUGCCGGGGGCUUGCUGCUUACUGAGGCUAGCAAAGAGAAGCCUUCUAUCGGCACAGUUGUGGCUGUUGGACCGGGAGCUCUUGAUGAAGAAGGAAAAAGGAAAAGCUUGUCAGUCAACCCUGGAAACACCGUUCUCUACUCCAAGUAUGCUGGCAAUGAGUUUAAAGGCACUGAUGGAUCUGAUUACAUUGCAUUGAGGGCUUCUGAUGUAAUGGCUGUCCUCUCAUAGUUGAAUCACUAUUCAUUUUUUAUUUUCAAGGAAUUUCUGAUCUUUUUGGUCUAGAAAACUUGAGUUCACGCUUGAGAUCAAAAUAUUAGCCAUGUUUCUGUGAAGCACUCGAAGUGUAAUCUAUGUAAUGAUCUUUAGCAACUUUCUUCUUUAUCAGAGUUUCCUUGUUUUUUUUUUUGUUUUAUCGAAGCUAUGGCAUAAGCUUCAAGUCUUUACUCUCUUGUUAGUUGUUACUUGGUCUGUCGAGAUUGCCACCUUAGGAUUAGCGAAUCAGGUAUUCAGGUGUGGUAGACAAAAAUCUGGUCAAACUCUUGUCUUGGAUAGGCGGUCGUGAUACAGGAAAACUUGGACUUUGGAACUUUUACUGGCUUCAUGAGUGGGUGGUCUUCGUUCAAUUUCGUAGUUCUGUUAUAUAUAUUUUUGUCCUUUAAUGGCGUG